AUGUUUGAAGACAUAAUUGGAUUUGGAAAUUCCGACCCAGUGCUAUUCAUCGAUAUAUUGAUCAGAAAAUUUUACAUUAUAUACGCAGAUAGUAAGUUGAAAGCCAAAAAAAUCAAGUACAACCCAUUAUUUGAGAAACUAUAUACACCCUUGUUUGAUAACUUGAAAGUUGAGUUUCAUUGUAAACUCAUUGAUAUUGUUUUAAACUUGAUUGAUGGCUGUGAGAUUAGUGAAGUCAGUAGAAAACUUUACAAAAAAAUUGGACUUCGAGUUACUUUGACCCAAAGCGAAACAGAUCAGUUACUCGAAUGGACACCUUAUUUUAAAAAAUUCAUCUUCAAAACACCUUUCUCAAUGAUUCCCAAAACAUUAUGCAAAACACCAACUGAACUUCUUGAUGCCAUGAUUAACAAGAUAAGAUUGAUCUAUAGACUGGACAAAGCUAUGGAAAGAUUGUUGAAGCAGAUUUUGGAAGUAGCAACAGAGGAAAAUUAUGGCAAGGAGAUGUUGAAUCAAUUAUCAGAGUUGGUAAGGACGUCUGAAGUUUCUGCAACGAAUAAAAAGAUAUUAGAAUUUCCACCAUCGAUUGAUGAUAUAUUGGCUGAAAAAUCUGCUACGAAGAGAUCAGCCGAUGACGAUGUAGAUGAUGAAAACGAAAACAAAAGACGUAAAAAUGAAUUGGGUGGAAAAAAAGUGUAUUUAUUAGAGCAGCAUGAUGAUUGGAGACCGACUCCUUUUGGAAUGAGUGUCUAG